AUGAAAAACUAUCAGCUUUUAUUUGUAAUUGCAUUCAUUCUCACGGCCGCUUUUAGCAUCUGGAUCUACAAACUCGAGCUCGAGCAAAAACGCACUGCGGAGCAGCUAGUAUUUUGCGACGCUGGAAAAGCUCCAGUCUCAAGGUAUCGGAAGAAAUUAAAACGACAAUGCACGCUAGAAUCAGCGGCCGAAUACAAAAAUGGAAACACGAUCACGAAACUGUAA